AUGGAGGAGUUCCAAGUCUCCGGAAAUGGCGGACGCCUCCAGGCGUUUGCGAUGUUCGUGCCUGUCACAAAGGGUCAGGCCGAUUCGGCAUCGUGCGCCAUGACUUUGGUUGAAACACGGCAAUUCAUGACGGUGACGUCGACUUCUCAGGGCGACACGAGGUCCACGACAGAUGCAGAGAUGGAGGACACACUGAAGACCCUCCCGUCCCUCCUAUAUGGGACGGCAUGGAAGAAGAUCGAGACACGCGACCUCGUCAAACAAGCUCUCCUCGCCGGCUUCCGCGGUGUGGACACAGCCGCGCAGCCAAAGCACUAUCGAGAAGACCUGGUCGGUGACGGCAUCCGCGAUGCCCUCGAGCUUCACCCCGGCAAAUUGACUCGCGAGGAUCUGUACAUACAAACAAAGUUCACCCCCAUCCACGGUCAGGACCCUUCGGACCUGCCCUACGACCGUUCCCUCUCCAUUGCAGAGCAAGUCCACGCCUCCGUCAAAUCUUCGCUCCGAAACCUGAAACACUCCAAAGAUCCGGUCCAGCCCCCUUACAUUGACUGUCUGGUGCUGCAUUCGCCUUUCCCGUCCUCUGUCGAGACCCAACAUGCGUGGACUGCGAUGGAGACGCACGUUCCAGUCUCGGUGCGGACCAUCGGCGUGUCAAAUGUCUACUCAUUGUCUGUGCUGCGGCAAUUGUAUGAUUUUGCGACGAUCAAACCGAAGGUGUUGCAGAAUCGCUUCUACAGAGAUUCCGGCUAUGACGCAGAUAUCAGGGUCUUUUGUCGUGAAAAGGCCAUCACGUAUCAAAGCUUCUGGACCCUGACUGCCAAUCCUCAUUUGCUGAAGUCGGAUGUUGUGGGCAGUGUUGCGGAGGCAGUGGGAGUGAGCCGGCCGGUCGCACUGUACGCACUGGUGCUUGGACUGGGCAAUACGAGCGUGCUGAACGGGACGACCAAUAUGAAGCGGAUGCAUGAGGAUCUGGACGGCGUACAAGCCAUUCGGAAGUGGAAGGACACCUAUUCCGAAGCCUGGAAUAAGGCAGCGAUCAACGAAGAUGACAGAGGCUUGUUCCGACACUCCAUCUCCGCUGCUGUGUGCGGAGGGCUACGCAUGCCGAAUGGCUUUUUGGUCGGACCAGCUCUGAUGGCUUCCUGGCUCGGCAUGCUCCUGACAGCUGCGGCACUGUCGCCCGACGAGAGCAUCUGA